AUGGCCGCCAGUCCUGUGCAGUGGCACGAAAUGGCCGCCAACCCAGCGCCGCUGCGUGGCAUGGCUGCCAGUUCAGCGCCACAAAGGAAGUUGAGGAAAGCGGCUCAUUUGGACAUUCAUAGAGAAGGCGACGGCUCUAGCACUACUGAUAACACGCAGGAGGGAUCUCCGCAGGGCUCGCUGUCCGCCGGCUCACACGGCCUCGUCACUUUCUUCAGAGAUUUCUGGCAUGGUAUCUUUAAAGCGGGGUCUAAGAAGUCCAAGCUGUCCAUCGAUAAGUCUACAGAGACGGACAAUGGAUACGUGUCUCUGGACGGCCGCAUCACCAGCAAAAGCAGCGAGGAGGGUUUACAGCUGCACGAGCCUCACUGCGACCUGCUGCGCUCCGAGACACACUGGAGCCUCCAGCACACCCCAAACCAGCGGAUCCUGCCGCCCAUGGGGAAGUGUCUGUCCGAGGCUGCUGUUCCUCGUGGGGGGGAGAACAUGUCGGGUGAAGCGUCCAGUGAAGAAGACCCAGAGAACUACAGCACGCUCCGCAGGGGACUGGAGCGCAAGAACAGUGACUGCACGCUGCGCAACAGGAAAACACACCCCUACAAGAAGCAUUACACUGCUGAGGAGACGCUGAAGUCGGGCACCAGUUGCAGCUCGCGGUGCUCCAGCUCGAGGACGCAGGACUCUGAGAGCGCACGACACGAGUCUGAGACAGAGGAUGUUCUGUGGGAGGACUUCCUGCACUGCGCCGAGUGCCGCUCCUCCUGCUCCAGCGAAACAGACGCCGACGGAUCCGCCAUCUGCUCUGCCUCCAAGAAAGAGUUCAGAGACGACCCGUUCCAUCAGGGUCACGUGCCGUGGCUGCACAGCUCUAAUCCAGGCCUGGAGCGCGUCAGUGCCAUCGUGUGGGAAGGAAACGAAUGCAAGAAAGCAGACAUGUCUGUGCUGGAAAUCAGCGGCAUGAUAAUGAACAGGGUCAAUCUCUACACUCCAGGGAUCGGCUAUCAGAUCUUGGGGAAUCUGGUGUCUGUGACGCUGGGUUUGACUCCGUUUGCGUUCAGACUGUUCCAGCACAAAGAUCCGGAGCAGCUGGUGUCUCUGUCGGCCGGUGAGCUGCUGUCUGUGGCCUUCGGCUCGUCUGAUGACGCUCUGGUGAUGACGAUGGUGAGCGUGAGCUUCGUGGUGCGCGUCUGUCUCAUCUGGCUCUUCUUCUUCUUGCUCAGCGUGGCUGAGAGGACGUACAGACAGCGGCUGCUGUUUGCGAAGCUGUUUGGUCACCUGACGUCGGCGCGGAGGGCCAGAAAAUCAGAAGUGCCUCAUUUCCGUCUGAAGAAGGUGCAGAACAUUAAGAUGUGGCUGUCGCUGCGCUCUUACCUGAAGCGUCGAGGUCCGCAGCGCUCGGUGGAUGUGAUCGUCUCCUCUGCGUUCCUGCUCACGCUCUCGGUGGUCUUCAUCUGCUGCGCUCAGCUGCUUCACGUGCACGAGACGUUCCUGGAGUUUCACUAUAACUGGGAGCUGGUGAUCUGGAGCGGCUCGCUGUCGCUGUACCUGCUCCGCUUCGUCACGCUGGGCUCCGAAACCAGCAAGAAAUACAGCAACACCUCCAUCUUACUCACAGAGCAGAUUAACUUGUACUUGAAAAUGGAAAAGAAACCGAAUAAGAAAGAAGAACUUACUCUGGUCAACAACGUCCUUAAACUGGCCACCAAAUUACUGAAGGAGCUGGACGCUCCGUUCCGUCUCUACGGUCUGACCAUGAAUCCUCUGCUGUAUAACAUCACUCAGGUGGUGAUUCUGUCGGCCGUGUCGGGGGUCAUCAGUGACCUGCUGGGCUUCAACCUGAAGCUGUGGAAGAUCAAAUCCUGAGUUCAUCUUCAUCUCAAACACAUGGUGGCGCUGUUUCCCCUCGACGGGCUCCUGACGGUGAACUCUUGACCCGGUGUGCGGUCAUAUCAGAGUGCUUGUGCAAUUCAGCUAUUUAUUUGACCCUUUCAGUGUUUGUUUUUUAUUCUGAAGUAUUUGUUUUAGUUGUUACGAUUGUUUUAAGUAUUAUUUUAGCUCCUGAUGUGACGUUCUCAUAGGAAAGAUGAUCAGUGCAGUCUGAUCUGAGUUACUGAAACCAACAGAAAAGGCCCAUCAUGACACACACACACACACACACACACAACUGAAACUGAGUUUCAUCUGAUGGGCUGCAGUUUUUCAGCUUUGUUUUUAUUUUCAGCAAUAAGUGUCAGUGAGUUCAGAUGAACUUUGAUUCAGGAGCUUCCCGUGUCGUCUGUGACCCACACACACUCGGUCAGUCUGUAAACACGUGUGUGUGUGUGUGUGUGUGUCAGCUAUGAAAGCUUCAAAAUGUGCACUUUAAAGCAGAAAAUGUUACAGAGUCAAUGGUUCAGUCCUUCUUGUGUCUUGUAUGUGACACGAGACCGACGGCGUAACGACCAAAGUGUUUUUCUUUUUCCUUCGUAUUCUUUUUUUGCUGGAGAUGAAUGUAUUCGACUCUCUGUAAAGGAGACUGACAGUUACCUUUUGUUGUUGUGAUGCUGUUUUAAGUUUGAUUCAUAUAGAUUCAUAUUUCUGUUCAUGGAGGGAAAAUGUUCUGUUAUAAAGAAACACUAUUUAAAGAAAUGGAGAAAC